AUGGAGGAGUUCUUCCAAUACAUCGGUCCCGAUGGCGGCGCGGCGACGUCGUCCGCUCUUCUAAACCGCGAACGCAUGUUCGUAUACUCUUCCCCGCGUGAGAAGCAGAUCGAUCGCUGCGGGGAGCUGCGUGUGGGCUCGUACUUUGCCUGUUCGAGUGUGCUCUACUACGAAGACCAGGUGUGGCUCAAGAUCCGUCGCGGCUACUUCUCCAACGCCAAGAACAAUGGCUACAUCCGCGUGCAAUUUGAGCUCCCUACUGGCUCGAAAACCAUAGAUGGCAGUGAUUUACCAACCCGUCAGAUCUCGUCGGCGGUCACAGCACAGCCAGCACCCUUCCGCUACAUGCGCAGACUCCCAGAAUUCCCGACGUACAUGUGUGCACGCGACCGCUUGGUACUCUACCGUGAGCCAGUGUUUAAUCUCCACUCAGCGUCAGUGUCUUCUUCCAGUUCUGGUGCUAGCUCCAAUACACCGCAACAUAUGCAGCGGUUCUUACCGCCUGUGAGUGUAUUCCAAGCUACAGAGUGUCGAUUUAAUCAGGAUUUUACACAACUAGCAGUAAAGGUGACGUCAGCGUUGGCUGGGUUAGGAGGCUGGAUCAAUGCUUCGUUCCACAAGUCACUGAUCGAAGUGGAAGACCCGAAACAAGUGGGAUAUUUCCGCAAUGGGCCAGUGUAUCUACAGAAUGUGGCUGGACGCGGAGGCAAAUGGGCAGGUGAGCUGCCAGUCCGCGCGAUCCCAAGCUUACAAGCACCACGUCUUUACAAUGUCGAGAGCUAUCGCGUUGUGCGGGCGAUUGAACGUAAAUUACUCAAGGACCGUGUGUGGGUUCGGAUCCAACCGCUAAAAUCGCAACAAGAAUUGCAACAAGGAGGCGAGAAGAAGAGUGAGGAAGAGAAUCCAGCGGAAGAAGCAGGUGAGAAUCAAGACCAAGAACAUGAGACCGCAGGACCCGAUGCGUGGGUCAUUGAGCGUAAUGCCAAUACUGCUCAAAGAGUGAUGGUGCCGUGGGGGAGCAACCGUAUCCAGGACGUGCCUGCUAAUGACAAUGCCGAGCGGUAUUACCGUACCGUAUACAGUCGUCGUCCUCUGCCUUUACGUCGCACUGCUGAUCUGCAAGCAGAGAUCGUUGGGCAUCUCGAACCAGGCUCCGUGUUCUCGUCAACUCAGCGGGUUCUCAAUGACAAAGGACGUAUGUGGAUUCGAGUUGCAAUUCCAUCGGAAAAGCAUACGUCUUUUAGCAAAAAUGUGGACGAACACGAAGAUAACAACACAAGUCCAGACAAUAACGCUGAAGAGGCAAAAGAGGAAGAAGAGGAGUUCGAAGACCUCGGCAAGUCUGUUCGAUACGGCUAUGCGAUCCAAUCGAACGCCAAGACCAACACUUGUAUGGUCCAGGAGAUCCCUCCACCCGGAAAGAUGAACCCGAAGCAAUACUAUCAAGUGUCUCUCUCUGACGACGGACUACCGCAGAAUAGUAACCAAGAUGAUGGAACGACUGCGCCAGAAAACACAAUAGCGGCUCGUGCAGAGGCGUCCAAUUCAGCCAAGGAGCUGUUCUACGUUAAGAAUGGCGCUAUCGUGUCGGCUGUCGGCACUGUGUUCAAUGCUGAACAGGGAAGGAUGUGGCUACAAGUAUUGGCAAUAGAACUGGACCCUGCCAUGCGUGUCAAACACCAGUGGCCACUGUCCGAUGCCGAGCAGAAACUGAACGUAGUUUACCUUCCAAUGUGUGGAAAUAGCCAUGAGACUGUUCUCAAGCCUGUGCAUCGGGAGUUGGCGAGGAUCGACAACCCUCAAAAGGCUGAGAAGGAUAACGCGCGAUCUCCGUCUCGUGUGGUGUUCAGUGGCCGCGCGUCGAAACUUUUUGGCUCGCACUUGUUGCGUCCUUCUACUAUCGACUUGCCAUCGACGUUUCCAAAGAAGGAUAAGGCAUCGGGAACUCUCAGUAGCGGCAUCAAUGUUUCAGAUCCGGUAGCACGAGCUGCUGGCGGGAAUGACCACACACAGAGUCUCAAGGACGAGAUAACUGCGUGGCAGCUUCAAACGGGUACCCGUGUGACGCAACUGUAUACUCAGAUCGGCGCUUUGGCCAGCUACACGUUGAGUUGCGUUCGUCGGCCAUUCACGUCGUGUCUGGCGCACCAAGAAGCCAAGCGGAGAUACCGACAACUCGACCAGGACGAAGAGGGCAUGGAGGAAUAUGCCCUCGACGACGAUGACGUGCGCGUUUAA